AUUAUGGUAAAAAAGUGGAGUUUUACCUCAUAAGAUUCGAAUAGGAUUAUGUACAUGAUCUUUUGGAAAAAAUGAAUACCUGAUCUUUUGGAAAAAAUGAAUACCUACUGUUAAUAUAAAGGUCAGAAACGUACAUCCAAUAAUUCCAUGGCACAUGCGUAAGUAACUACCAGGUUUGUUGAAAUCCAGCCAAGUGUCGUUCUUCUUCGAUUCCUUUGUAAACAUUUGGUCAAGCUCCGUUUGAUUUCACCACCAACUUCUCCUCCGAUCAAUCUCCGGCAAUCCCUUCGAUCAAUCUCCGGUGGGUAUAGAGAAAUCGGGAACGAUGAGUGAGGUAUUUGAUGGGUACGAGCGUCAAUACUGUGAGCUAUCGGCGAAUGUUUCGCGGCAAUGCACUGCAGCUUCUGCUCUUGAUGGAGAACUGAAGAAGCAGAAACUUUCUGAAACAAAAGCUGGAUUAGAGGAUGCUGAUACGUUGAUUCGGAAAAUGGACCUUGAGGCUAGGAGCUUGCAGCCAAGUAUGAAGGCAACUCUUCUUGCCAAAUUAAGGGAAUAUAAAACUGAUUUGAACAAUUUGAAAAAUGAAGUUAAAAGAAUCACAUCAGCUAACGUCAACCUCACUGCUCGAGAUGAGUUGUUGGAGUUAGGAAGGGCUGAUUCACUGGCGGUAUCAAAUGAUCAAAAGGGGAGACUUUUGAUGUCUACUGAGAGAUUAAAUCAAUCUAGUGAUAGGAUAAAGGAGAGCAGAAAAACAUUGCUGGAUACAGAGGAACUUGGUGUCUCCAUUCUCCAAGAUUUGCAUCUACAACGCCAAUCUCUACUCCAUGCCCAUAAAUCGCUCCAUGGAGUGGAUGAUAACAUUAGCAAGAGCAAGAAAAUUUUGGCCGCCAUGUCAAAAAGAAUGAGCAGAAACAAAUGGAUUGUUGGCUCCUUGAUGACAGCUCUGGUCCUUGCAAUCAUAUUAAUUCUAUAUUUUAAGCUAACACAUUAGACUCCAAUUUUUGCUUGUUAUAUGGUCUAGUUGUACCUCACAUUUAAGUGUCAGCUGCCCAUCAAUGUGACAGUGUUUCAAGAGUGAUUGAGCAAUAGUUCUCACCUGUUUCUCGUAGAACAUUUAAAAUUCUUUCAUUCAAGCAAAUGAGAUCGUUUCAUCUUUUAUGUGUCA